UUGUUUACUCUUUUAUCAUUGGAGUCUUGUUGAUAGAUAGCCAGAAUGAAGUAAAAACGAAACUAUUUCUGUUAACUAUUCAGAAUCAGGGCCCUUACAGGCGUCUUAUAUCUGCUGGAAUUGUCAACAAACGAGGAAAAUAAAACAAAACAAAAGCAGUGAUGACGACCACAACAGACAUAUCAGUGUUGUCUGAGAAAGACUGUUUGCCUGAUACUCCUUGGAGGAACAUAACUAUGCGGCGGGAACCUGAGAGACAAACAGUACAUAAUGAAGAUGAGAUGAAUCAAGAGUCACAGCCAUAUUGGGAACGAGCUAGUCACAAAGUACCCCAAAGUUCUUCAGGAAGAGCCUUUGCCCUGUUCAUGUGUGGAAUAUGCCUUGCUAUGUUUGGUCUGACGACACUCGGCGUUUUAUUUGAACUUUGUGGAUUUUGCAUUCUCCUCUGUGAGCCCGUUCUUUUCGGCCUUUCAACGAGAAUACCUUAUAUUGGGGCAUUGGUUUCUGCUGCUAAGGCAAAGCAGAUCCGAGAUUCUCUGAAGACAGAGGCUGAGACAUACGAACCGUUAAAAGAUCUGUUGAGGGGCGAAGCUCAUUUUCCGCACGUCAACAUAUUACUUCUGGGUCCUGUAGGAGCUGGAAAGUCAAGUUUCUUGAACACAAUGCAUUCCAUCUUUCGAGAUAAAAUAUUUAACGUAGCCAGAUGUGGAUCGUCAGAACACAGUCUUACAAUGAAGUUUACUCGUAACGAUCUGAUUUCAAAAAGGACAAGCGAGUUACUACAAGUUCGAAUGUGGGAUACACGAGGUAUAGAAAAUGGACAGCUGAUGGAGAAGGAAAACAUGAAGUAUAUGCUUCAAGGAAACAUUCCAAAUAAAUUCAUGCUGAACCAACACACAUCGAUAUCACCGCAAACUCCAGGGUUUAUAGAAUUACCGUCACUGGAAGAUGUGAUGCAUUGUGUUGCCAUAGUGAUUGAUGCAAGUAUGGUGGACGCUGCUGACGCAAUCAAAGACACAAUUCGAAAUAUCAAAGAAAUGCAGACUUUAAUGAAUUUAUAUGACGUCCCGCAAGUGAUAGUUUUGACAAAUAUUGAUAAAGUAUGCCAGCACACGAAGCAUGACGCAUGCAACGCACUGAAAAGCAAAUUAAUUGCAGAGACUGUAGGAAAGGUUUCGGAUAUGUUCGGACUAGCAAAGCACUGUAUCUUUCCUAUGAAGAAUUACGAGAAGGAAUGUGAAUUGGACCCAAAUAUGGACAUCCUAGCUCUUUUAGCACUUAGAGGCAUUCUUAAUAAUGCCGAUGCUUUUCUGUUCCCAUACAGAAAAGAAAUAUUACAAAACUACGCAGCAUUGACACGCUAGUGAAUAAAAUUUACUGUAAUUGAAAUUGCAUUUAAACAUAUACUAAUUAAUAAGCCUUUCAAUUAUCGAUAUGAAUAAUUCGAAAAGUUUUUAUACUUUCAAAGUAUGUUAAAGAUUUGAUUAAACUUUCAUUCUUACAUAUGUAAUUGAAACUGAGUGAAUUCUUGCAAUAAAAAAGAUUGCUUUGCCAGGUGAAUUUAUAACAUCGGCUAUAAACACAUGUGUUAGAAUAUGGGCACAUGGGAAAAGCAGUAACUAACAACAUGCUUGCAUUCAUUUUUUUUCAUAGGAUAAACUUAGUACACAGCAGUAAACGGUGCUUCUUAAUCAUGUUAAUGUGGUUUUCUAUGUAAGCAGUUGUGUAGAAUUAAAUGCACCGUGUUACCUGUAAGCAAUGACGUGUGAGAAUCAGUAUCAGUUACACUGCAUAAAACAAAGACGAAUUGGACAAACUAUGACCAUGGGUGAGGAUAAACUAAAACUUCUUCAUUUGUGCUAACGUUUUAAGAUCUGGUUUACUUUCUGGUUUACUAAUGUUCAGAGUACGUAGUGAUUAGUAGUUGAAAUUGACACGAUUAGAAGAACUGGAAUUGUGACUAUCAAAAGUAUGUACCUAUUAACUACUGGAAAUUAUCUAUUAUGAAAAUAUG